UAACAAUAUGCACUACGAAGGUGAAGAAGUACGAAAUCCCAGUGGUUGAAUUAUAUUUUUAUUUCUCUUAAAAUCUAUAUCCAAAACUGUAGCAAAAGGAAAACUUGGGAAAAACAAUUACGACUGACUUACAAUCUAGUAACCGGAGCCGUAAUAAAAAAAAACCGACUUACAAAAAAAAAGAAAAGUGGCGGUUCGAGUUGGUUUGCUUGGCUAGUUGUUUGUCUGCUAAAAGUGCUAAAUUACUUUUAACAAUAUGUCCUGAAUAAUAGAUAUGGCUGAGCCUGGAGUAAUACGAAAAUUAAGCGAAGAAGUGGUAAAUCGCAUAGCCGCUGGCGAAAUAGUUCAAAGACCUGCAAACGCUCUAAAGGAAUUGAUUGAAAAUAGCUUGGAUGCUAAAUCCUCAAAUAUCAUAAUAACAGUAAAAGCAGGAGGCCUAAAAUAUCUUCAGAUUCAAGACAAUGGCACUGGAAUAAGAAGCGACAAUCUUGAUAUAGUCUGUGAACGGUUUACAACAUCUAAACUCCGAGAGUAUGAAGACUUGAAGGCUAUCUGUACAUAUGGGUUCCGAGGAGAAGCCCUUGCGAGCAUUAGCCAUAUUGCUCACCUUACUAUUCUUACCAAGACAGCUGCCGAUAAAUGUGCUUAUAAAGCAUCCUAUGAAAAUGGCAAGCUAAAAGGGCCGGUGAAACCAUGUGCUGGCAACAAUGGCACUCAGAUUACGGUUGAAGAUCUAUUCUACAAUGUCAUAGCUCGGAAAAAAGCCCUUCGAAGUCCUACAGAGGAAUAUGCCCAUAUAAUGGAGGUUGUGGGUGGAUAUGCAAUACAUAAUAGCCACGUAGGGUUCACUUUGAAGAAAUUUGGGGAAAAUAAUGAUAUUAGAACUCCAAUGAAGUCUUCUGUGGUGGAAAAUGUUAGGAUUAUUCAUGGAAAUGCCAUUGCAAGAGAACUAAUGGAGAUACAAGUGGAAGAGCCCACACUGAAGUUGAAGUUACAUGGCUUCGUAACUAACGUGAAUUAUUCACAUAAAAAGGGUGCCAUGCUACUGUUUAUCAAUCAUAGAUUGGUUGAUUCACAAUCUAUCCGAAAAGCAGUGGAUUCAGUAUACUCAACAUACUUGCCCAAAAACGCGCAUUCGUUUGUUUACCUUAGUAUUGAACUUGACCCUAAAAAUGUGGAUGUGAAUGUGCACCCAACAAAACAUGAAGUGCAGUUUCUGUAUGAAGAGCAGAUUAUAGAGAAGAUCAAAUCUUGUAUUGAGGGCAAACUGCUCAGUUGUAACUCUACUAGAGUCAUGUACACCCAGGCUAGACUACCAGGAGCAACUAUAGUCGAAGAAGUCAUAAAGAAAACAGCAGAUGGCACUAAAAUAUACGCCAACAAUAUGGUUCGCGUACAAGCUGACACGCAGAAAAUCGACAAAUUCUUUCCAACCGUACCAAAACAAAAUACAAUCAAUAAAUUACUUGAUAAAAGUAUAGCUGAGGAAGAAGAUAUAUUUCAAGAAUAUGAUGCGAAUGAUGACAAUAUCACUAAGAAAGUUGAUAAUGAAAUUGAAAAGGAUGAACACAUGAUGGAUACAGAGAAAAUAACAAAAGAAGUACCAAAUAUUAUCGUAGAAGAAGCCCCAGAUAUUCUAGAAAAUUCUCUCAUAAGUGAACCUAAUGAAGUUAUUAAUAAAAUGCCUGAAAAAUGGGAAUCCCAUACAGCUUCAGAUAAAGCCAAUGUAACUUACAUAGACCCUAAAGAAUCGUUUAAAACGAGAACAUUUAAGUACGAAAGAGUAGAAACUAAGUUAACAAGUGUGAAACAAUUGAGAUUAGAUAUUGAAAAUAAGUGCAAUUUGAACUUAAGGGAAAUUCUAGCAAAUCUGAUAUUCAUAGCGUGUAUAGAUUCCCAUAAAUCACUCAUUCAGCAUUCGACAAAGUUAUAUCUGUGUGAUACUACGAGACUGGCGGAAGAACUAUUUUAUGAAACCUUGCUGUAUGAUUUCCAAAACUUUGGCCUGAUAAAGCUAUCUAACCCUCUCCCUUUAGAGGAGUUAUUCAUGCUGGGUCUCAGUUCAUCUGAUGAAUGGAACCCUGAAUUAGGUGAUAUGCGCGAGAUGGCGCAGCAGAUGACAGAGAUGCUAGUCAACAAGCGAGCCAUGCUGUUCGAAUACUUCUCCUUGGAAAUGAAUGCUGAUGGCGAACUUCUAGCGUUACCGCUUCUAUUAGAUGGCCACACACCUUUCAUGGGCGUUCUACCGACGUACCUCGUUCGUCUAGUGACAGAAGUCAACUGGGACAGUGAGAAAGAAUGCUUCGACUCUUUCAGUAGACAAACUGCUAUAUUUUACUCCCAACCCAACCCCGACACUAAUCCUGAAGUCAUGAAAACCGAGCAUUGGAAGCAGGAACAUGUUAUAUUCCCAGCUAUAAGAAGGUACUUCUUACCGCCUACUAGUUUUGUUAGCAACGGUGCUAUAUUGCAAAUAGCUAGUUUGUCCGAUUUGUAUAAAGUGUUCGAAAGAUGUUGAUAGAUUUAUAAGUUUUAAAGACCCAUGUUUUCGUUAAGUUUUAAGUGAAUGGAUACUUUGUUACUGAAUGAAAUAAA